UUGGUGAAAAAAGGAAAAGACUUUUUACUAUGGUGUCUUGCAUUGACUUCUUGCCUAUGCUUCGAUCUAUAAUGUUUAUGGGCAUUUGAGGCGAGUGUACGCUGCCAUUUUUCCACGAUAUAAAUUGGACAUAAAAGCAAAUUAAAACAAGCAAAAUGCCUGAGAUGAUCAAAUCGCCCGACCAGAUCAAAACCGCUCCCUUCGACCCGCGGUUCCCUAACCAGAACCAGACUAAAUACUGCUACCAGAGCUACCUGGACUUCUACCGCUGCCAAAAGGUCCGAGGCGAGAAGUACGAGCCGUGCCAGUACUUCAAGCGCGUCUUCACCUCCCUAUGCCCCAUCGACUGGGUUGAGAAAUGGGACUCCCAGCGCAGCGAGGGCACGUUCCCUGGCAGGAUCUAAACUAGUUACCAUUGUAUACGGGCCAAUUAAUUGUACAAUAAACGACAUGUUGUUGUGCAAUAAAUUGAUCCGUAGUCUGGAACAUUCUGUGUUAAUUUAUGUUACGACUUAGGUCAAGUGAUUUAGGAAAUUAAAUGAGUUAAAUCGAA